AUGAACAAAAACCUAGCAGAGAUGAGUGAUAUCCGGCAUGCAUUGCUGCGGCGCAAUCCGCUGAGCGCGGCUAAAGAGGUUCUGUAUCAUCUGGACAUCUCACUGGGCAGCGUGCUACAGAGCUCCUCUGGUCCCACACCUGGACUAGAGAAGAGCACAGUGGAGAUGGUGGAGGAGUUCAUCUUUCAUGUUCCUAAAGACAAAAACAUCCAACCCAAGGUGAGGAACAAAAUCCACAUUAAUACCAACACCUAUUUUAUAUUUAUACAGCGCACACACACUGCAUGGUGUGUUCGGUUGGCUCAGAUGUUGAUGGAUGAUUACUACACCCUAGUGCCAUGUGCCAUCUCUACACUGCAAAACAUCUGUUCAGCCAGUCCACGAUUCUGCUGCCAGCUCAUCACUGCAGUAACGGCCCUCUAUGACUUCUCCUCAGGUGAGCUGACUCCACCCCCUGCACUCUUGGAGAUGCUGGUUGGUUGGAUCACAGAUGAUCCCAGGCUGCUGCUGCUCACCUUCAUCAACACACCCCUCAAUUCCAGCCUGCCAUUAGGUUGCCUUGAGAUUGCACCCCUCUUAGGUCUGCUCAGAUGGUGUGUGAAAGCUCCGUUAGCCUAUCAGAGAGCAAGGAAGUCGGCUUUGACCAAUGGUCAUGGGGAAAGUGAAAAAGGUGCAGCAAAUGAAGAGCUGUACUCUAAACUGCACCUGAGCGUUCUUCAAGUCUUUCUUAUGCUACAGGUCCAUCUGACAGAACAGAAUUUGAUUGGUCGGCUCACUGUGCUUCCUGUGGAAUCUGUUGCCGCACUGGUGGAGGAAGUCAGUCAUCUGUGUGAGAAGCUCACACACCUCUCUGCUGCCAAUCACAUCCAGCUGGCUCUGGAUAGGCUGGCACAAGCCCUUCAGGUCGCAAUGGCGACAGGAGCCCUUCUGUGUGCCAGGGAGGAUCUACGGACUCUGUGCUCCAGACUUCCUCACAACAAUCUAUUACAGCUGGUGAUGUCGGGUCCAGUCGUGCAGCCACCACCUCACAGCGGUCCAUUCCAGCCCAACAUGUACCCUCACAUCCAUCCCAGCUGGCCCUCCCCUCUCUCCCCCCACAGCCCACACCAGUCUGCCCUCCCCUCCCCACACAGCCCACACCCCGUUCUCUCACCACACCUCACACACUUAGCACUCUCGCCACAUUGCCCGUUAACACCCCACGCUGCACACCCCUCUCAGUCUCCACAUGCCUUUCACCCUGCCGCCAUGGCCUUUCCGUACCGGCCUAUCCGCUAA